CAAACUCUCUUCCAACACACAAACGCAAACGCAAACACAAACACAAACACGCACUCAAGAGUGAGAAAUUUACUCCAAAUAUGAUGUUGGGCAAGCGUGGACGGCCCACUUUCAGGAGAACAACAAGCAUGACCGGGAUCAGCUUCGAUGUGGAGGCGCCGCCGCCUCCCCCUCUCGGCGGUGUAUACGAUCACAUGAUGUUGUCGCCGAGAUACUUCCGGAGGAACGACUCUUCCGCCGAUGCCGAGACCGCUGAUUUCUUGAGGAGCUGUGGCCUCUGCAACCGCCGUCUCGCUCCCGGCCGUGAUAUCUACAUGUACAGGGGUGAUACUGCAUUUUGUAGCCUAGAGUGCAGAGAGCAACAAAUGAAGCAAGACGAGAGAAACGAGAGGCGUGCCGCCGCCACGUCAGUUACCAAAGACGGCGAGAGCCACCAUCAGGAACUGGGGGCUGCCGGCCCUGAAGCUGAGACGGUGGCUGCAGCCUGACAGCCUACGUAGCCCCUGUAAUUUUAAUUAAGACAAUUAUAUAUAUAAAUUUGGUAAUUAAUUAUAAUGAUGUAUAUGUAUAUAUGCAUGGAUGGAAGUAGAAUAUUAUUAGUUAAUUAACGCUAAGCUAAAUAUGAUGAGGUUAUGACUGCAAUAGAAAUGCAUGUUGAUGUUGGUAGGUUUAAUGAUGCAAGAAGAAGUUGGUUUGUGCUUGUACCAUGAAACAAUGGCUGCCUUAUGCAUGUUGAGGUUGAGAAAUUUUUUUAUUUGGA